AUGGCUUAUAAGCUUCCACUGGCAGGAGUUAGGACUUCCAAUUUCGAGCGUAGAGAGCUUCCAUCAAACAGCUACCUGGAUCUGGGUGGGCCUUAUGGAAAAUUUGUGCCUUUCGUAAUCGCGGGAGAAGGGGGCUUUGGGGAGCAUAAGCAGCUCAACUGGACAAACUUGUUUUUACUAAACAAGCUUGGCAGUGACAUAGACAGCGAUCAUGUAGAGGUGAUCAAUCAGAUCAAAGUAGAGAGAGAUGUUGAAAAGGUAAAAGAGUUGAUAAAGCUACUGCCUCGUGAAAUUUCUGAGCAAUUGGAAGGCCACGAGACCCAUGAGCAGGUUGAAAUCCUGAGAUAUCUGAGCAGGAACAUGGAUCAGAGGAUGUCCUAUCUCAGCACAGAGAUCCGGCGUCUAAGGAGUGACCUGGGAGAGGUGAUGAAAGGUAUCGGAGAGAUACGCGGAGCAUUGGAUAGGAUGGAGCGACAAAAUCCUUGCUACCGUCCAUGA